AGUCGCUAAAAUAUUUUAGUGUAUGUAUACACUGUAGACUCAGCAACGCUUCUCACGUUAAAAUUAGGUUAAAAGUAAUUCAGUAUUGUCAAUUUUUAAUAAUUUGUGUAUGUGCAUCAAUGAAUAUAUUAAAGUAGACCUAAAAAUAAUCAAUUGAACGCCUAUUAGUGAGUGUACGUGUAUCUAAAAACAGCAAUUUUUGGCUAAUUCGUUCGACAAUCGAUCAUCAAUUACUGACUGACAAUUGUUUGGAUUGAACAAUUCAAGAAUGGAUGAGAUCGAGCAACUAGAGCAUUUGUCGCUCGUUUCUAAAAUUUGCACCGAGUUGGAAAACCAUUUAGGUUUGAAUGAGAAAGAUUUAGCCGAGUUUAUUAUACAUCUGGCCGAGAAAAAUAACACUUUUGAAAGCUUCAGAAAGGCACUGUUAGAAAAUGGCGCCGAAUUUUCCGACUCUUUUGUUGCAAAUUUAUUGCGUAUUAUACAGCAUAUGAAGCCAAAGAAAUCAACCUCAACUAGCAGCGAAGGUAAUAGUAAAAAAGAUGUUUUGUCCCGUAAAUUUCCUGGUCUUGCUCUACCUAAUGAAGUUGUCAAAGCAGAAGAACAAAAUGUCGAUGAUGUCGUCGAUGAGAUGAUGUUAAUGCUUGAUCCUGAUCACAAAAAUGCUACGGAAAAAAUAAAGCGUGAGAAGGAUAAUGAUGAGGAUAGAAGUCGAGACCACGACGGACAUAAAAGUAGAAGGGACAGAGAUCGAGAUCAAAGACGAGGUAGAAGCCGUUCGAAUGAUCGCCAAAAUCGUGGAAGCAGUCGUUCGCGCUAUCGUAAACAUCAUGGAAGAAGUCGUUCGCGCGAUCGCAAACAUCGUGAUCGUAGCCGAUCCAGAGACCGAAAACAUCGUGAUCGUAGCCGAUCCAAAGAUCGAAAACACCGUGAUCGUAGCCGAUCAAACGAUCGGACUUACGGUAAUAACAGCAGAAGAUUCGACGACAGAAAACAUCGAAGUCGCAGUCGCUCCCACGAUCGUAAAUAUCACGAUAAAAAGCAUCGCCCUGAUGAUAGAAACAGCAGUAAUCGUCGAGAAACUGGUCGAGAUGCGAAUCCAACGGCUGCGUUAACUAGAAUUAACGACGAUGAAAAGAGAUUGCGAAAUCCGGAUAGGCCAAUAUCAGUCAUUGAGUUCGAAACUAACAACGACGAAGAUGAAACUUACACAAAGAAAAGAGUACAGAGACUUUCCUCGCCAGAAAAGUGGGAAAUAAAACAAAUGUUAGCCGCUUCAUGCAUAGAUAAAAGUGAGUUACCUGAUUUUGACAUGGAAACUGGAAUUUUACCAAGAGAAGAUAAUGAUGAUGAAGAUGUUGAAAUUGAAUUAGUAGAAGAUGAACCACCAUUUUUACAUGGCCAUGGGCGCGCGCUUGGUGAUUUGAGCCCUGUCCGUAUUGUCAAAAAUCCAGAUGGAUCAUUGGCACAAGCUGCUAUGAUGCAAAGUGCUUUAGCUAAAGAACGUAGGGAGCAAAAGAUGUUGCAAAAAGAGCAAGAGGCUGAAGCAACUCCAGCUGGAAUGAAUAAGAAUUGGAUUGAUCCUCUUCCAUCUACAGAAAAUCAAACUACCACUAGUAGUAUGCGAGGAGGGAUGGGUAUUCAGUUGCAAGAUGUUCCAGAAUGGAAAAAACAUGUGAUUGGUGGUAAGAAAAGCUCAUUCGGUAAAAAAACUAAUCUCAGUCUCAUUGAGCAACGUCAAAGCUUACCCAUUUACAAGCUCAAGGAUGAUCUUAUCAAAGCGGUUACAGAGAAUCAAAUUCUCAUUGUUAUCGGUGAGACUGGUUCUGGUAAAACAACUCAAAUCACCCAAUACCUUGCAGAAAUUGGUUUUACUGCUAGGGGAAAAAUAGGAUGUACUCAGCCCAGAAGAAUUUCAGCCACAUCAGUUGCUAACAGAGUAGCUGAAGAAUUUGGUUGUAGAUUGGGCCAAGAAGUUGGUUACACUAUUCGUUUUGAAGAUUGUACUGGUCCUGAAACUGUAAUCAAGUACAUGACAGAUGGUAUGUUGUUACGAGAAUGCCUCAUGGAUUUAGAUCUCAAAUCAUAUUCUGUUAUUAUGAUUGACGAAGCGCAUGAGCGCACAAUACAUACAGAUGUGUUGUUUGGUCUUCUCAAAGGAGCAGUUGGUCGUAGGCCUGAUCUAAAACUAAUUGUUACCAGUGCCACUUUAGAUGCUGUCAAGUUUUCGUCAUACUUUUUUGAAGCACCAAUUUUCACUAUUCCAGGUCGUACAUUUGAAGUAGAGAUAAUGUAUACAAAAGAGCCUGAAACAGAUUACUUGGAUGCAUCAUUGAUCACUGUUAUGCAAAUACAUUUAAGAGAACCCCCAGGAGAUAUUUUACUGUUCUUAACUGGUCAAGAAGAAAUUGACACCGCUUGUGAAAUUCUUUAUGAGAGAAUGAAAUCUCUUGGGCCAGAUGUUCCUGAAUUAAUUAUUUUGCCAGUUUAUUCUGCUCUUCCAUCCGAGAUGCAAACUAGAAUUUUUGAGCCAGCACCUCCGGGCUCACGUAAAGUUGUUAUAGCCACAAAUAUUGCAGAAACUAGUUUAACAAUUGAUGGUAUUUACUAUGUCGUGGAUCCAGGGUUUGUAAAACAAAAAGUUUAUAACUCUAAAACUGGAAUGGAUAGUUUGAUUGUAACACCUAUUAGUCAAGCUGCUGCGAACCAACGUAGUGGACGUGCUGGACGCACAGGACCAGGUAAAUGUUAUAGAUUAUAUACAGAAAGAGCUUACAGAGAUGAAAUGUUGCCAACACCUGUACCAGAAAUUCAAAGAACCAAUCUAGCAACUACAGUUUUACAACUAAAGACUAUGGGCAUAAAUGACUUACUUCAUUUUGAUUUUAUGGAUGCUCCACCAGUAGAAUCUCUUAUAAUGGCUCUUGAAUCUUUGCAUAGUCUUAGUGCUUUGGAUGAUGAAGGAUUACUCACUAGAUUAGGAAGAAGAAUGGCCGAGUUCCCUCUGGAACCUAAUUUAUCAAAAAUGUUGAUAAUGAGUGUACAUUUGAAAUGUUCUGAUGAAAUUCUUACAAUAGUCAGUAUGUUGUCAGUGCAAAAUGUGUUUUAUCGUCCAAAAGACAAACAAGCAAUUGCUGAUCAAAAAAAAGCUAAAUUUAAUCAAUUAGAGGGUGAUCAUUUGACUCUAUUAGCUGUUUAUAAUUCAUGGAAAAACAACAAAUUUAGUAAUGCUUGGUGCUAUGAAAAUUUUGUUCAAAUACGUACUCUCAAAAGAGCCCAAGAUGUACGAAAACAACUUUUAGGUAUUAUGGAUAGACAUAAAUUGGAUGUUGUGUCGGCUGGUAAAAAUACUGUAUGCGUUCAAAAGACUGUAUGUUCGGGAUUUUUCCGAAAUGCAGCGAAAAAAGAUCCACAAGAGGGAUACAGAACUCUAGUGGAUAGUCAAGUAGUAUAUAUUCAUCCUAGUAGUGCGUUAUUUAAUCGACAGCCAGAGUGGGUUAUUUAUCAUGAAUUAGUUCAAACAACAAAAGAAUACAUGAGGGAAGUAACAUCUAUUGAUCCAAAAUGGCUUGUAGAGUUUGCACCUGCAUUCUUUAAAUUCAGCGAUCCUACUAAAUUGAGUAAAUUCAAAAAGAAUCAACGACUAGAACCACUACAUAAUAAAUAUGAAGAGCCAAAUGCUUGGCGUAUAUCCAGAGUAAGAAGAAGAAGAAACUAAACUCAGAUGGAUAUUCAUUAUAGUAUUAUCCAUUUAUGUAUGACAAUUAAAAAAUUGUUUUAUUUUUAUUACUAAAUGAUUAGUAGAGUUCACAUGAAUUUUCUAUUGUAAAUUUACUAGAAAAAUUUAAAAUGUAUAAGAAGUGGAAAUUUCUAUGUACAGUACAAGAUUGUAAAUAAAUUAUCUUUUUCUAAUAAAUAGGCGUUUUUACCAGAAUUUGUACUUUUAAUAUUAGUAUUAUAUU